CAGACAUCAUUAUCAAAAUGGGAAAACUAUUAGCACUCCUCGUUGUGGGUCUCUGCCUGAGCCAGGUGAUCGUUGCUGAGCGCAUCGUCAAUUGCUAUUGGGGAACGUGGGCCAACUACCGCACCGGCAAUGGCAAGUUCGAUGUCUCCAACAUCGACUCUGGUCUGUGCACGCAUCUGAGUUACUCCUUCUUUGGCAUCAAGGACGAUGGCAACAUUCAGUCCCUGGACACCUGGCUGGACUACGAUCUGGGCUUCAUUAGCCAGGCCGUUGGUCUGAAGCGUCAGAACCCCAACCUGAAGGUCCUCGCCGUUGUUGGCGGCUGGAACGAGGGAUCCACCAAGUACUCCUCGAUGGCCGGUGACUGGUACAAGCGCCAGAACUUCAUCAACUCGGCCCUCAACCUGCUGCGCAACAAUGGAUUCGAUGGCUUGGAUCUGGACUGGGAGUACCCCAACCAGCGCGGUGGCAACUGGAACGAUCGCACCAACUUUGUGACCCUGCUGCGCGAGAUCAAGGAAGCCUUUGCUCCCUACGGUUAUGAGCUGGGAAUUGCUGUCGGUGCAGGAGAGUCUCUUGCCAGCGGCUCCUACGAGAUCUCCAACAUCGCCCAGCACGUGAACUUCAUCAACGUGAUGACCUACGACUUUGCCAUGGCCUCCGACGGACACACCGGCUUCAACGCUCCCCAGUGGGCCGUUGAGGAUUCCAUCAACUUCUGGCUCAGCCAGGGCGCUCCCGCCAACAAGCUGGUCAUCGGCGUUGGCACCUACGGACACAGCUACACCCUGUCUGAUGCCUCCCAGAACUGGCCCGGAGCACCGUGCCGCGGCGCUGGCAACUCUGGACCCUACACCGGCGACAACGGCUACUUGGGCUACAACGAGAUCUGCUUGAACAACUGGCACACCGUCUUCGACUACAACAAUGCCGCUCCCUAUGCCUACAACGGUGACCAGUGGGUGAGCUUCGACAAUGUGCUCAGUGUGCAGUACAAGAUGGACUUUGCUCUGUCCAAGAAUCUGGCUGGUGCCAUGAUCUGGUCCCUGGAGACCGACGACUACCGCGGUCAGUGCGGCGAGUCCUAUCCCCUGCUGAAGACCAUCAACAGGAAGUUGCGUUGGUAAAUGCUUCGGCAACGAACGAUGAACAUAAAUAAAGAAUUAUUGAAUUGAAAA